AUGCGGGCGGCGCGGCCGGCGGCGGCGGCCGAGGGCGGGGGCCACGCGGGCGAGGAGUGCCGCCGCGGCUUGCGCCCGCGGGCCGUGGCCCUGGACUGCGAGAUGGUGGGCAUCGGGCCCCGCGGCAAGCGCUCUGCCCUCGCGUGGGUGGCGGUCGUCGACCGGCGCGGCCGGCUCCUGCUGGACGUCCACGUGCGCCCCGACGCCGAGGUGACCGACUGGAGGACGGCCAUCACUGGACUCGACGCCUCCAGCUUCGCGCCCGCGGCUGCGGCCGGCGAGCUGGAGCAGGGGUCCGCGGCGCCCGGGGCGUGCGGCCGGCGCGCCGGGGGCCGCGCGGUGCUGGGCACGGAAGAGGCGGUGCGCAGGACGAACUCGCUGCUGGACGGCGCGGUGGUGGUCGGUCACGACUUGCGCCACGACUUCCGUCUCUUGCGACGAUUCCACCAUAGGCGCCUGCUCCUCCGGGACACGGCGUUCUGCCCGCUGCUGAAGGCGGGCCUGGACGGCCGCUCGCACGCCGGGCCGCCUUCCCUGCGCGCCCUGGUCCACGCCAAGUGCCUGGGCAGGGCUCACUGCGUCGUCCUGCUGCUGGUGCUCGCUCUGCAGAUCCUCUUCAAGCAACAGCACGUGCGCACGGAGAUGGAGCAGCUCAGACGUCAGCUCCACAUUGCCGAGACGACGGUCCCGAUCAAAGACCUCGUCAGUGCGAUGGAGUGGGACAGGGAUCCAGACGGCUCGAUCUUCUUGGCGAACACUGAGCCCAACGUCACUAUCGAGAAUAUCAAGAACCAGCUCAAGAGCUGGAUGGAGGAAGCAGGUUUCGAGGAGCAACAUUGGUCGGUCAUCGGUAACACGCCAGGCAGGAGAUUCAAGGUGCAGAUGUCGGGUGACGCGAAUGCGGUUAUGCGGAAGGUCAAACAGGCACAGCGCAAUCUCAGGCAGGACGGUGAGUGGAGGCAGUUCAGCACGCCUACGAUUGAAGGGGGCCAGUCCAGGCAGGAACCUAUGAUGGUGAUUUACAACAUGCACAAUUUUGGGUUGGAUGAGGCGACGGCCCAGACAUUGAUGAGGAUAAUCGCGGCGGAGGCAGAGAUUGCUGCGGGGAACCCUCAUCGGUCUACGGUCAUGCCGAUGGGCGACUUCAACUUCCAUGAGAAGGCUGCGAUGUAUAUUGCGACGCCUGAGAUCGACAAGGGGUUGCUCGACCAGAUGCGGCACAGAGAGGGAGGUGAACAAUGGCUGGGUGCUCUGGCGGGCCUAGUGGAGCUGGACCCUGAGCAGCCCACGCGCUACGUGGCGGAUGGUGAGAGGCUUUCGCAGUUGGACAAGGUGUUCAUCUCGACCCCUGGCUGGCUGCUCCUCGACUGGGCCAUGUCGGCGACGGUGCUGGACAGGCCAGAGGAGCUCCUCGGCCGCGGCAUUUCUGAUCACGCAGAGUUCUCACCGUUCCUGCAAAAACAGAUAGAGGCUCUGCUUGAGAUGCAUGCCCCGAGCUGGAAACAUAUUCCUGUGCUGCCUAUGGCAGAAUACCUUGGGGCGUGGAUCGGCCCUGCUGCGAACAAUGAGAUGUGGGCGAGGAUAUUUCUGGAGUGGGUGGGGGUGGUGAAUGCUAUCACGAAGCAGCAGAUGCUGCAGCAGGCCGAGGUAGAGCGGUGA